AUGUACGAAGCGACUACGCAAUACGUCUACGGCACAAAGCGAAUAAGGAUCAUGUACCUCCUCUUGGACCAACUGUCUAUCGAUCAAGCCGACAAGCGCCACCUCGUUGGACAGUACCUCAAGAUCUCUGGAUACUUCAAGGCAUGUUGUUUCCCCUCAAGAUCUCUGGACACUUCAAGGACAUGUCGCCCCCCCAAGCUUAUCAAGGACUACUAUAGGUUGUGA